AUGGAUACUCCAAGAUUACUUGAUUACUUUGCUGUAUACGGCCUUGAUGAAGAACUUCCUCUAGCUCAAUCUCCUUCAUCUUCCACCAGCAGACCAUCAGAAAACCCUUCUUCAUCUAAGCUCUCUACAAACGAAAAUAUUGUAUCUCAUCUUCGUCUAAGAAUUACACAUGACAAUGAAAUAAUCGCCCCUCACAAUUCAGAAUUUAUUAAAAUAUUUGAAAUUGGUUGCAGAAAUGGCCAAACCCUUUGGCUAGAAGUCAUCUAUGGCCGAUUUAACGGGAAAGCUCGAAAAGUGUGAGACGGCAAAGCAGUGUGCAAUAUUGGUUUAUGAUAUCUCCAAUCUGAAGGUGAUUAUAUCAAAAUCCCUGCAAGCCUUGGUAUAGAGCCAGUCCCAAUUUAUAUCGGAAUUAAAUCAGCUCAUCAGUUUAGCCAUAGAGAAAAUGAAAAUAAUUGUUAUAUAGUAGACUACGAUAUCAGUACUAUUUUAGAAGCUGAACAGCAUGAAGGAACUAAGCUUAUUUUGACUUACAGUACCUUUGACGCGUUCGGACAUCCUCCUAUUUCUGAUAUACAGCUUGUUACAGCUUUUACAAAAAUAGAUGAAAAUGGAAAUUCUCGAAAAGUCGCUGAAAUUCCUUUAAAUUAUGCAUAUAUAGAUGUCCCGCUAGGAAAAAAUUUAGACUCUUUGCUGUGCUUUAGGACAAUUGACCCUAUGAGUGUGACUUAUAAAGCAGAACUCAUAGAAAAGUUUCCCAGAGAUGAUUAUUCUGAUGGUGAGCUUAAUCAAGCUAUCCAAAUGUUCAUAUUCAGCGAAGGCAUAAAUCUUACGAAAGAACAAGAAACGCCUAAAAUCUUUUCUUUUAUGCUGACUUCGGCAGAAGAAACAGGUAAAAUAUCAAAAAUUUACAUAACAAGUAUGAUUUUUUAUGAACAGAUAAGUGAACGCUUAUCCAAACAACUGUAUAUUCUUCAAAGCGAAACAAGCAAAGUAUACAUGCCAAAGGCAAUUUGUUUGGUUUCUCAUUGGCCUUUUAUAGAGCAGUAUAGGGAAAUAUUAAAAGAAAUUUACAGAUUGACGAUUUCUAUAUAUGAGACUCCGAUAGAGAGAAUAAUUUGUAAUUUAAUGCAAGAAGUUCCUUUACCAGAUCAAGGAAUCACUACAGUCCAGUAUAAAAUUGGAAACAAAAUUUUACACUUUUCAAGGCCCCCUCCGAAGCAUCUCCCUUAUUUUCCAGACUCCUGCUUAAUCCCGCUCCAUGAACAAACAAAAAAAUUUUAUUUUGCUACCUAGGUGGGUUAAUUUUUUUUUUUAAAAAUUUAUUUCGUAAAGUUUUUUUUUCAGUAUUUAAAAAAAUUCUAAUUCGCAAAAUUUGGAAAGCAAAUAAUUAUUUAAUUUUAAAAUUUAUGUACUUAAAUGUAAAUUUGUCAAAAUUAAGAAGAAUUAGCCCUAGAUUUCAUUAUAGUAAUUAUCACUUAUAUAUCAAAAUUUUUAUUAUAAAAAAAAUUGUUCACUCACAGAGGGUAAGUUUUUGGGUAAAAAAUAGGGAUUUACCAAUGGUUUAAUUCGCUCUCCGAGGGUAGGAGUUAGAAUACUUAUUUCGGUCGCUCUCCAUUGAUUGUAUCCUCAAUAUCUUAAGCUGUCUCUUAAUCGAAAGAAAAAUUUUGCUUAUUUCCAAGCAAAAAUCACUGCUUACUUAUGCAGCUAUAGGGUUUGUCUCUUUAAUUUUCCCAUUUAAAUGGGAACAAGUUUUUAUCCCAAUUCUUCCUGCCGCACUUAAAAACUAUAUAGAAACAAUUUUCCCUUACAUUAUAGGUGUCUCUCCAUCACUUCUCACAGAAGAAAUAGAAAUCCCAUAUGAUGCAGUCAAGGUCUAUAGAGUCUGCACGCCUAAAGCUCAUCCUGAUGCAAGUUUCUUCUCUGCAACUUAUACUUAAUUAAAUGGUGUACUGCAGCAGAUCGGUGGUGUCCUGUUGAUUGACUCAGGCCCUUGAUAUAUGGACGAAUUGUAACUAGGUAUCUAGAGUCGGUUUUUUGAUGCUUCCUAAUGCGGAGCGACACCUUUUUUAUUGCGAUCAUACCCAACGGAAGAUGCAAUGUCUCACUGCACUUAUCUAUGCGAAGUGCUGCGCUAGGACUUUAGCUAGAAGUGUGUGGUCCAAACCCCAAAUAUAGAAAAAACUGGUUGCAUCCAAGAAGAGCAAUAGUCCGAUUGGGUAAGUGCUCCGUUAAACGGCCCUACAUCAUUAUUUUUAGGUGGCUAGGACUGGAAAAUGACUUUAGGUGGAUUUAGCGAUUAACACCUGCAAAUGUGAAGCUGGCCCUCAACAGAUUAGGCCCUGAAAUAAUGGCUGUUAGCUUCUAAACUUAAUCUAAUCUGCAACUUGGAGUUCUAAGGAGCUACUUAAUGGUGAUGAAUCAGCUUUAGGUAGAAAAAAAUAAUAGCCUUUUGCCAGGAUGUGCUAACUGAAGUCAACUUGCCAAUUUAUAUGUGGUUCAUCAGAAUUCCAAGUUAUGGUGAGAACUUCAUGCAAAGGCAUGCUAAAUGCACAUAUGCGCUAUAUUUAGAUGAAGGCAGAAUAGAAUCAAAUGAAGGCUUUCCAAGACUUCCAGACAAGCUUCGAAGGCAGCUUUUUAAUUCAUUGAUGAGAUCUUCCAAUAUUUUCAACCCCGAAGACAAUAUAAGAGAUACAGCUGAUGAAGCUUUCGAUAUUUUCAUAAAAGAAGAAAGUGAAACUUUUGACGCUUUUCAAGUUCGAGACGCAUUUUUGCAUUUUUUUACACAUUUGUUGAAGAAAUAUUCAAAAUUUUACAUAAUGCCCGUAAAAGCUACAGAUAAUGCUAUUGAUUCAAGAUCUUGUUUCAAUACUUCAGAGUUCUUAAACUACCACAAAAGCAAUAAGCCAGAAACUUUACUUUUCAAGCUCACUGAAACUUCGUUAUUUGCUGGGUUUAUUGAAUCGCGCUAUUUUUCAACAGAAAGCCAAUAUGAGAUGGAGUAUUUUGAUGAAGCCUCAGCGUUUAAAAGGACGAAAAAUGAUCCUUAUUUUGUGAAGCCUUAUUAUAAUAGAGAGACCGUACCAGCGCUCUAUGCAAAUGAUAUUGGUUUUGAGCCUGAUUCUGCCUUUAAAUAUGACAGAUUUCCGAAGCUCAAUGAUUGUUAUAUGAUUGAGCCACGAAAAAUCAUAACUUUAGCCACAAAUGCAGCUCCAAAGCUGAAAUUGACGCUAAAAGAUGAUAUAUUAAUAAGACUAACUCAGGCAGAAUGGGGGAAAUUCUUGAUGACUACCUUAUACAAAAUAUGGAUUAUUGUGUUUGCCCACUGCAUGCCAAGAUAUAAAGAGCAUGCAAACUUAUUAAUUGAUCUUGCCCUUUAUGUGAUGGAAGGGAUGAAAAAGACAACAAAAAAGCCUGAUGAAGAAAUGUAUCGAAAACUCAUAGAAGCCUGCGGACACUGUGGACUCAAAGAAAGAGUCCUUUCAUUGUUCAGAAGAAUGAAAAAUCAAGGGAUUGAGCCUGAUGCGUGUACACAUGGAGUUUAUGUCACAGCUGUAGCUAAAAGUCAAGAGCUUCAAAAAGAAAUUAAAUCAAUCCUGGCCAAAGAAAUCCCAGUAAAUUCGUUAUGCACCAAUUUAGACUUAAAAAAUUGCAAAUAUGCUGUAGAAGAUAGCUGCACUUUUUGUGACUGUGUUUUAAGCCAAGAAGAUAUUAUGAUGGGCUGGGAUCGGUCUUAUUCAAGCUACACAACUACUUGUCCUAAAAAUUUCUGCGAACAAAGGUUUGUAGCUAAAUUCAGGGUCGUUUUGGACAAAUUUGAGGAAAAUCCUAAAUAUUUGCAAAUUGAGUAUUUAAGUCCACCUUUAAUCCGGAAAGAGUUAGAAAAUCUGAUAUACACGUAUGGUGAAAAUAUUUUACUUUCUAAAGAUUUUUGUGAAAAGCAUAAGAUUUUAUUCUGGAACAUGGCUCUAAAUUUCCAAUUAUUAAAGCUUCCGUCAUUUUUUAUUGAUCCUGCUUUUGACCCUGACACUUUGCCGCAGGUCAUAAAAGAUUAUAUGAAAGCUGAUGAUGUCCAGCAAGGUGAGCAGUUUUUAAAACCAUGCUCCAAUAAGUCAAGCGAAGAUCAGGUACUUUCUGAUGAAAAUAUAAGUGACUCCCACUCUAAUUCUCAAAAUAGGAGCCAAAGAUUUUUGAGAUUGCUGAAGAAAAAUAAAUCAAGCGCUGGAAGUGAUAAUAUGUCCACUAAAAGUUCUGUUAAAAAUAUGGCGAUUAAGAAAUUGUUCGGACCAUUUAUUGAAGAGUUUAGGAGUGAGAACAUUAGAAGAGAUAGAGGAAGAAGCUUCAUGGACACAAUUGACGUUGAAGAAAUUGAAGAGGAAAAGCCACAUCAGCCUCCACAGUUGCCUCAGUUUAGGGCUUAUAGCUUAAAAGUUUAG